CUUGAAGGCAGUGACACAGGCGCGCCCCGCCUGGCUCCAGCAGUAGCGUGGGCGGGGCAGCUCCGCAGGAGGGGCGCGUUUGAUCCCCGGCUCCGGCCCUCGCUCAGGACCCUGCGCUGCCGGCAGCGCCCGAGUCCGCAGACUCUGCAGAGCCUUAACGCGAGAGCCCUUUUCCCAGAGCUUCUCCUGCGGGGAAAACCGGCCCGGCCCACACUACUGGGCCCGUCCGCCUCGGCCGGGAGCUCCCGCGGGUGGCCGGGCCCGCCCGGAAGGGGCAGCGGCCCCGGCGAUGGCGGACGAGGCGCUGUUCCUGCUGCUGCACAGCGAGAUGGUGGCGGGGAUGUACCGCGCCGCCGAGCAGGGCGAAGGGGAGAACGGGCGCUGCACCACCAAGCUGGAAAGCAUGGGCUUCCGCGUGGGACAGGGGCUCAUCGAGAGGUUUACAAAAGACACUGCCAGGUUCAAGGAUGAAUUAGAUAUUAUGAAGUUCAUUUGCAAAGAUUUUUGGACAACGGUAUUCAAGAAACAAAUAGAUAACCUAAGGACUAAUCACCAGGGUAUUUAUGUCCUUCAAGACAAUAAAUUCCGUCUCUUGACACAAAUGUCUGCAGGAAAGCAGUAUUUAGAACAUGCACCAAAGUAUUUAGCAUUCACCUGUGGACUAAUCAGAGGAGGCCUAUCAAAUCUGGGAAUAAAGAGUAUUGUAACAGCUGAAGUUUCUUCAAUGCCUGCAUGUAAAUUUCAGGUGAUGAUACAGAAGAUGUAGAGCACAUUCAAAUCUGGAUAUCUACUUUAAAAAGCCUUUGUAUGUGGACUCAGUAUCUUGGCUCAGUCUUGUAUAUAACAUGUAAAUUAUAGCAGUGUGCAGCACAAUUCCAAAAUAUAUAAUAAAUGCUCAUGGAAAUAACUUAA